AUGAAUCGAAGCAUUUUCCUCCGCUCCACUCGGCCAACCCUAGCCUCUAUUUGCCGCCUUUUCUCCGCCGCGACGGUGGAUCCGGCGGCUGGAGCUGUGUUAGCCAAGACUCGCAACGGAGGAGGAGCAGCGAGAGACAAAAAAGAAGCGGGAGGAGGAAGAGACACUCUAGGAGGGAGGCUAUUAAGCCUUACGUAUACCAAACGCAGCGCCGUUGUUACUAUCCGGAAAUGGAAAGAAGAAGGCCAUUCCGUUCGCAAGUACGAGCUUAAUCGGAUCGUUAGAGAGCUUCGUAAGAUUAAGCGAUACAAACACGCACUUGAGAUAUGUGAAUAUAUGGUUCUAGAGGAAGAUAUAAAGCUGCAACCUGGCGAUUAUGCUGUACAUUUGGAUUUGAUUUCUAAAAUCCGAGGUUUGAACAGCGCAGAGAAGUUUUUCGAAGAUAUGCCAGAUCAAAUGAGAGGCCAUGCUGCUUGUACAUCUCUUCUCCAUAGUUAUGUGCAGAACAAGUUAUCCGAUAAAGCCGAGGCCUUGUUUGAGAGAAUGGCAGAGUGUGGUUUCUUGAAGUCUUGUCUGCCUUACAAUCACAUGCUAUCGAUGUACAUAUCAAAAGGGCAGUUUGAGAAGGUCCCAGAAAUGAUCAAGGAACUGAAGAGCAAAACAUCUCCUGACAUUGUAACGUAUAAUCUAUGGCUUACUGCGUUUGCCUCUGGAAAUGAUGUCGAAGCCGCGGAAAAAGUUUAUCUUAAGGUGAAAGAAGCAAACCUGAAUCCAGACUGGGUGACUUACAGCUUGCUUACGAAUUUGUAUUCUAAGACUGAUAAUCUCGAGAAGGCGAAACUUGCUUUGAAGGAGAUGGAGAAAUUAGUCUCUAAGAAAAACCGGGUUGCUUAUGCUUCUCUCAUUAGUCUGCACGGGAACUUGGGUGACAAAGAUGGAGUCAACUUAACCUGGAAGAAGAUUAAGUCAUCGUUCAAGAAAAUGAACGAUGCAGAAUACCUCAGCAUGAUAUCUGCAGUGAUGAAACUUGGAGAAUUCGAACAAGCUAAAGGUUUGUACGAUGAAUGGGAGUCUGUUUCUGGAACAAGAGAUGCUAGAAUACCGAACCUAAUUCUUGCUGAGUAUAUGAACAGAGACGAGAUUCACCUCGGAGAGAAGUUUUACGAACGGAUAGUUGAGAAAGGGAUAAACCCGAGCUAUUCUACAUGGGAAAUUCUCACAUGGGGUUAUUUGAAGCGUAAAAACAUGGAGAAAGUAGUAGAUUGUUUCGGGAAAGCCAUUGAUUCUGUGAAGAAAUGGACUGUGAAUGUAAGAUUGGUUAAAGCAGUCUGCAAGGAACUCGAGGAGCAAGGAGAUGUUAAAGGAGCAGAGAAGCUUAUGACUAUCCUCCAAAAGGCUGGUCAUGUGAACACUUAUCUUUACAAUUCCUUGUUACGUACUUACGCUAAAGCUGGUGAGAUGGCACUCAUAGUUGAAGAGCGAAUGGCUAAGGAUAAUGUAGAGUUAGAUGAAGAGACUAAGGAGCUUAUAAGAGUAACAAGUCGAAUGCGUGUGACUGAAAUGUCGUCCACCAUUUCUUAAGCCUGAAAGCUGCAGAGUUAGUUAGUAUCGAUCUGCAACUUUCACAAACCGAGGAAAGCAAACACAUGUGGAGUGAAUCCAUGAAGCUAUUUGCUAUAUUUAGUGAGGAGAGAAGAUCCGUUCUCUUGAGUCCUGACCAAUCGAAAUACUUGUCUUGAAGCAGUAAUAUUUCGUUUACUCGGACUAUUAGAGAUCGAGGAGAGUGAUCUUUCCAAAGCUGCAAAGGAAUAAAAGUUUUAGAAAAGAUCGCUGUGAGUUUUUUUCUUCUUCUUUGUCUCUUUUUUUCAUUUUUGCUUUUGUGAUAUUAUUAAAACACUUUUCUUGGUAGGCCAAUUUUAUUCUCUGAUGUCAAAUGAUCUUGAUAGGUUGACUAACUGAAAUACCUACUUCGACUCUUCUUGUUGGGUAGUUAUGACUUGUGUAAGCUUAUGUAAGCUUCAAAGAUUUGUGUCGAAAGUGGAUUUGUUCACUUGAACAGUUAGUCAACUAUUUUAACCAU